GCGCAAUCUGUUUGUCCGUGUUCUGUGUGCAUGUGCAGUGGGUUGGUAGGCAUUUUGUUUAAUUCGUUCUGCAGCCUAGUCAGACAACCCACGUUCCAGUGUCGAUUCGGUUAAAUACAAGAUAGCAACCGAAGCCAGCGCGGUUUUUUACGGGAUGAAAUAAAAACUGUUUCGGGACCAUCGCUAGGUGGGAGUGUUGGGGGCGCCGCAGGUGUGUCACGAACAGGGUCGCGAGACUGACGAGUGGUCAGUCUGGUCCAACUUUGCCGACAAAGCCGUUAAAUUCACGGUGGCAGAAUCAAUGACUAACUGAGUACUCUGGAGCAAGCAGGAGGGAGAUCAAUCAACAUGUUCAAAUCGGUCUUCCCGCUGAAGAAGCUGAGACGGAGUCGGAAACAUCUGCUGUUCUUAGCCCUGCUGAUGCUGGGAGCUUUCGCUGUUUACCAGGAGUUUGUAGCUACUAGUGUGUGGAGGAUCACCAAUAGCCGUUUCAGUCCUACCAGUGAGGGCAGUCCCAGGAGAAGACCUACCCAAGAAAGAGUGGUUGGAGGUGAAGUGGGGGAGGAUUAUUCAGAAGCCUGGUGUUCCAGCUACACCCCACAGCCCUGGAGGCCAGAGUAUAAGGGACAGGUUAAUCUCCAUAUCUUUGAGGACUGGUGUGGCAGCUCUACAGCUCAGCUCCGCACGAACCUGCACUACCCACUCUACCCACACUCUAGAACCACUGUAAAGAAGCUGGCUGUUUCUCCUAGAUGGACCAACUAUGGCCUCAGAAUCUUUGGCUAUCUCCACCCCUAUACUGACGGUGAGUUUGUGUUUGCGGUGAGCUCUGAUGAUAACUCUGAGUUCUGGCUGAGCCGGGAUGACUCUCCACUCAACCUGCAGCUACUGACCUGGAUCGGCAAGACUGGCAUGGAGUGGACGGCACCUGGUGAGUUUGGGAAGUACGCCAGUCAGACAUCCAGACCGGUUAGGCUGUCAGUUCAGAGGAUGUACUUCUUUGAGAUCGUCCAUAAACAGAACGACAGAGGAACAGACCACAUGGAGGUGGCGUGGCAGCUGAACCAGGAGGGUCUAAGCUUUACAGUCAUCAGCUCCAAGUACAUAUCCCUCUAUACCAAUGAGUCCACUCUGAGGAUGAGUGACACCACUCACAUACCCCAAACGGCCGCCAGUCACACCCACACGCCUAGCAACCAGCCUGACAACCAGCUGAGCAGCCAGCCUGUGGCCGACAUGCGGAGAGUUGACCCACGGGACACCCUCUACCAGAUCCCUGCCCUAGACAGUAGGUACCUCCGUGGUGUGUUACCUGACUGCUCCUAUAAACCAAGCUACAUCAUCAAAGGCUUCCCUCUGCUGCGAUACCAGGGUCUGCAGUUUGUCCACAUGUCCUACAUCUACCCCAAUGACUACACACGGCUCACACAGAUGGAGACAGAAAACACCUGCUUCUACCACAACAGUCCCCUAGACCUGGACAGGUAUGGCUUUUCCAGGUACAUGCGGCUGGAUGAGCCAGAGGGGCAGGAGGGAGAGAACAGAGAUAUUGGCAUCUUGAUGAGGAGAAAGGCGGUCCCAGAGGAGGGGUUAGAUGGCGAGGCGCCUCCAAAUGUGGGAGGGGCUAGUGAGACAGACCACACCCCUCCUGACUAUGGGGACGACUAUGACGAUUACGCCAAGAGACGACGACGCAAACUCUUCUCCCUGCCACAGGCCGACAGGGCACCUACACAUAGAAACAUGUCUGAUACUCUCACAUACAAGAAGAGGAGGAGGAAGAAGAGGAGAGGAUCUAAUGCAGCAGCUGUAGUCCAGACCAGAGCAACAGAACUGGAUGGGUUAGAGAUCCCUCAUGGUCCUGGGUCACAUAAACCUAUACAGACUACACCAGAAGAAAAGCUGAGACCAGCAGACAGACCAGCAGAUAGACCAGUUGAACAGCUCAGACCAGCACAAAAAAAAAAGUCCCGAACAGGGGAACAGAAACCAGGAGGGAAUCCAGCAGACAGAGAAGAUCUGGGUCCAGCAGACAGAGAAGAUCUGGGUCCAGCAGACAGAGAAGAUCUGGGUCCAGCAGACCAAAAUCAACCCAGACCAAGAGAGGGACCAGCAGAACAGAACUCAACUGGGUUAAAGAUUUUACCUUCACCACAAAAACUAGACCAGAACAUGCCAACAGACAGAGACAGACCAGCAAAGAGAUACAGACCAGCAGAGAGAGACAGACCAGCAGACAGAGAAAAGCUAGCAGACAGACCAGCAGGCGGCCCAGCAGACAGAGACGGUCUAGCAGACAGAUCAGCAGACAGAGACAGACCACAAGUUCGGCUACCCCAGCUGCAAGGGAGGCGCCGGCGCAUUCAACAGCCUGGUCAGAGGGGUGGGACUAAGAUUAAAUCACCUCUAGUGAAGUUGUACCACAAAGCAACUGUGACUAGGAAGAGAGUCCAGGACCUAGAUACAGAUAUCAUCCUCCGAGCACAAACACAUAUAAAGUCACGACCGCAACCUGACUAUGACAACACAGUCCACAGGGCUCUGCCCCCUGGCGAGGUCAGAGGAAGGAACCAUCUGGUUGAAGGGAUUGACAGAGGGGAGGAGGGUGAGAGAAAGGGGGAGGAGAUGGGUGUGAGUGAGUCUUUAUGGAGUCUGGGGGGAGACUCUGAAGAGGAGGAGGGGCUGGCUUAUGACUCCACGCCUCCACCAGUGUUUGACCCUGAGGUGAACUGGGCUCAGACAUUCCAGGUGACCCCUGUUAACCUCCAGGCGAUGCGUUCUGAUUGGAUAGACCUAAGCUGUAACGUUUCUGGUAACCUGCUGCUCCGCCCUAGUGAUGCUCUGCCUGUCGUCAAGGCCUUCAUGGACAAACUAAACCACAGACACAACAGGCAUUUCUCCCUGGUGCGUGUGCUGAAUGUUGAGAGGAAAGUGGAUGGGGUUCAGGGCAGCAGGUACUUCCUGGAGCUGGAGCUAAGGGACAUGACUGGCCAACACCUUCGUCUGUCACACUACAUCUAUGCUCUGAUUCGCCAUAAUCGAUCUCGCCCCAGGGGAGUCCUUCGCCGUGCCCCUGAGACGUUGCUAUGCAAGCCUCUAGGCUUCCACUGGAACCCGACUGCCACUGUACACUUCAUAGUACCAGUAAAGAACCAGGCCCGCUGGGUGCAGCAGCUGAUAGUUGACAUGGAGGGUCUGUACCAGAACACUGGAGAUCCCUACUUCAACCUCAUCAUCACUGACUACAACAGCACUGACAUGGAUAUAGAGGCAGCACUAAAGGCAUCCACGCUGCACAGGUACCAGUACGUGAAGCUGAGUGGAAACUUUGAGCGUUCCGCUGGUCUACAGGCUGGCAUCGACCUCAUCAAUGAUGAGCACAGUAUAGCGUUUCUGUGUGACCUUCACAUCCACUUCCCCCCGUCCAUCGUCGACUCAGUCAGGAAACACUGUGUGGAGGGACACAUGGCCUUCGCCCCCAUCGUCAUGAGACUGGACUGUGGAGCUACGCCCAAGGAGCCCAGAGGUUACUGGGAGGUGAAUGGGUUUGGUCUGCUGGGGAUCUAUAAGUCUGACCUGGAUGCAGCAGGAGGCAUGAACACACACGACUUCACUGACCGCUGGGGCGGAGAGGACUGGGAGCUGCUGGACAGGAUUCUGCAGUCGGGUCUGGAGGUGGAGCGUAUCUACCUGAGGAACUUCCUGCAUCACUACCAUUCUAAACGUGGCAUGUGGAACCGGCGCACUCAACGCAGUGGCACGUAACCCACAACCACACAGCCAAAUUGUACAAUGAUGCAGCCAUAACCCACUACGACGCAGCUGUAACUCACGACGACACAUCCGUGGCCACAAGGAAAUCAAGGAAACUGGCGCACUUUAAUGUCCGCACUCCUCGCAUCAGCCAUUUACAGCUGUCGACUGGUUAACGAGGUGGCAGGACAGAGGAGAUUCCUGACAUACCAUUGGGUGAUAUCUCCUGUCAUUCAAACUGUUUGAGGGUGUGGUGAUUAUGAAAUACAGAACAUAGUACUAACUGUCCUGGAAGAAGACACUCCUGAACUAGUGCAGAGGUACUUAAAUCUUAACAUGGAGGUCCACAGUACUACUGGUUAGCCAGAGAGUCCACUCACCCAAGUUUGAAUCAGUACACACACACACACACACACACACACACACACACACACAUCUUGUUAAAUAUCAGUGAUCAUACAGUAUUUGUAUGUAAUCAGGACCGUGCUUAUUUAUUGACAAUGACAGGAUGCACCAAUGUUACACUUUAUUCUACCAGUGUAAUACUUUAUUUCAGUUUAAAACAUGGUUUUAUUAAUAUAAUUAAUUAAGAUGGGGGGGGGAGGGAUGACUUCUGAUAGAAGAGACUAUUAUUGAGGCAUGGGGGCUUACUGUACUGGAUGGGGAUAUUUCCCUUAAUUUAAAGCAAUGUGCAUCAUGAAGCCCUGAAUUCACCCGAGUGCUUGCUGUAUAGCUCUACUACCUCAGAGCUCUACUACUGACUCUUGGAUGUGACAUUGUGCCUAUUGAAUGUGUCCUUCAAAGCGCUGUCCAUUUAAUUUUCUUUGGAUUAUACUUCAGAGGAUCCCGCACCCAAAGGCGUUUGGAGAUAUAUUAUUACAUUUUUUAUGCAACACUGCGCCUUCUCUACAGCUCCUCUAAAAUGAGAAAACUUUUGGAAUUGGGAAGUACAACCUGAACAUGUCAGUUAAAUGCAAAAUGUUGUUUUCUAUUUCACAAUAGGAUUAGGGGUAUCACAGGACCUUGUAUAUACAGUUGAAGUCGGAAGUUUACAUGCACUUAGGUUGGAGUCAUUAAAACUAGUUUUUCAACCACUCCACAAAUUUCUUGUUAACAAACUAUAGUUUUAGCAAGUCGGUUAGGACAUCUACUUUGUGCAUGACACAAGUCAUUUUUCCAACAAUUGUUUAAUAUUAUUUCCCUUAUAAUUCACUGUAUCACAAUUCCAGUGGGUCAGAAGUUUACAUACACUAAGUUAACUGUGCCUUUAAACAGCUUGGAAAAUUCCAGAAAAGGAUGUCAUGGUUUAGAAGCUUCUGAUAGGCUAAUUUACAUCAUUUGAGUUAAUUGGAGGUGUUCCUGUGGAUGUAUUUCAAGGCCUACCUUCAAACUCAGUGCCUCUUUGCUUGAGAUCAUGGGAAAAUCAAAAGAAAUCAGCCAAUACCUCAGAAAAGACCUCCACCAGUAUGGUUCAUCCUUGGGAGAAAUUUCCAAACACCUGAAGGUACCACGUUCAUCUGUACGCAAGUAUAAACACCAUGGAACCACAGCCGCCAUACCGCUCAGGAAGGAGACGUGUUCUGUCUCCUAGAGAUGAACGCACUUUGGUGUGAGAAGUGCAAAUUAAUCCCAGAACAACAGCAAAGGACCUUGUGAAGAUGCUGGAGGAAACAGGUACAAAAGUAUCUAUAUCCAUAGUAAAACAAGUCCUGUGUCAACAUAACCUGAAAGGCCACUCAGCAAGGAAGAAGUCACUGCUCUAAAACCGCAAUAAAAAAAGCCAGACUACAGUUUGCAACUGCAGAUGGGGACAAAGAUCGUACUUUUUGGAGAAAUGUCCACUGGUCUGAUGAAACAAAAAUGGAACUGUCGGCCAUAAUGAUCAUCGUUAUGUUUGGAGGGAAAAGGAGGAUGCUUGCAAGCCGAAGAAGACCAUCCCAACCUUGAAGCACAGGGUGGCAGCAUCAUGUUGUGGGGGUGCUUUGCUGCAGGAGGGACUGGUCCACUUCACAAAAUAGAUGGCAUCAUGAGGUUGGAAAAUGAUGUGGAUAUAUUGAAGCAACAUCUCAAGACAUCAGUCAGGAAGUUAAAGCUUGGUCGCAAAUAGGUCUUCCAAAUGGAGCAUGACCCCAAGCAUACUUCCAAAGUUGUGGCAAAAUGGCUUAAGGACAACAAAGUCCAAGGUAUUGGAGUGGCCAUCACAAAGCUCUUACCUCAAUCCUAUAGAACAUUUGUGUGCAGAACUGCAAAGGCGUGUGCGAGCAAGGAGGCCUACAAACCUGACUCAGUUAUACCAGCGCUGUCAGGAGGAAUGGGCCAAAAUUCACCCAAUUUAUUGUGGGAAGCUUGUGGAAGGCUACCUGAAACAUUUGACCCAAGUUAAACAAUUAAAGGCAAUGCUACCAAAUACUAAUUGAGUGUAUGUAAACUUCUGACCCACUGGGAAUGUGAUGAAAGAAAUAAAAGCUGAAAUAAAUCAUUCUCUAUGGUGUUAAUGUCUGUCUGAUUGCAACAGGGCCUACACAACAGGGCCUACACACACUCGGCAACGUGACAAAGAACACACAGAGAGGGCGGGACUGAGACAGGUAAUGGCGGACUGAACGUUGUUAUGUCGAGCACCUCAAGACAAAAACGUAAUAUUCAAUAUUGGCAAGUUAAACUAAAUAUUAGCACUACACAAUCUGGUGGGGGAUAUCCUUCAAUCUGGAUAAUAACACAAAACAAAUCUUAAGCCGAGAAAUAUUAUGAAAACAAGCAACACCCAAACAUGAUGGAGAGUAAAACAGGGGAACCGAUUUCAAAACGAAAACGUGACUCUUCUACAGACACAGACGAUUUAAUAUUUUCACCACCGGGAAUGGUAAAGGUCGAAACCGAUCUGUUAAAAUCAAUAAAUGACAAACUGGGUAUACUUGAAUUAGACAGUAAGGAUAUAAAAGAGUUGAAGGCAAGCCUCGAGAUGAGUGACGAAAAAUCUGUGACAUUGGAGAAGGAAACAAAGAAGCUAAAAGGGACAGUCAAUACGAUUGAACCCGAAGUGAAUGAACUUAAAAAGGAGAACAUUGUUCUGAUAGAAACCUUGCUUAACAUACAGACUAGAUCCAUGAGAGAGAAUCUGGUACUUACAGGUAUCCAAGAGAAAGUUCCUCCUUACAGUGCUUCAGAUUCCACGCGGAGCUAUCGACAAAAUCCAACUCGAACAUGUACAACACUUUGGACAGAGAGGGCAAAGGUAUGAACGCCCAAUCAUUGCCAAAUUUGGUUCCUUUAAGGAUAAAAUAAUGGUUAAAAGCCUGGGUUUAAGACUUGCUGGGACCAAAAUUUGCAUGAAUGAUCAGUUCCCGAAGGAAAUUGGAGAACGGCUUAAAGUUCUGUAUCCAAUUCUCAAGGAAAAUAGAUUUAAAGGGAAACAAGUAGCUCUCAUCGUCGAUAAACUAUAUAUUGAUAACCAGUUGUUCAGAAACACAAAGACUACUCCAUGGUUAUUUUAAAAAUGACAAAGUUCUUAUAGACGAGGAAAAUAAUGAAACAAUUAUAGCCCGGUUAUGGAUUGUAACAAUACAAUAAAAAAAAUAGCAUUUCUAUACAUCUUCAAAUAUAAGUAAUUGGAACACACAAGCACUAAUUCAACAUGGUGAAGAUAAACACUCAGUAAACAGAAGAUACAGUAUGUGUGGAUGGUGUGGCAUGUGUUUAUUUAUUAUUAUUUUUGUUAUGUUUGGGAAAGUGUGUUGUUGAGUGAGAAAGGAAAUGGUUGCAUAUCCCAGAGCCAAUGUAUUGCUGUGAGCAGGGGUGUGAGAGAGCUUUCAAUGUUGUUCAGAUCAUGGAUAUACUUUUAAUAAUGAAUUAUACGUCUUAUUUAUUGUCCUAUCAUGGUUGUACUGUUUUAAAAUAAAUUAUACAUUUAUUAUU